AUGAACAGUGCCAAAAGUAAAUUAUUUUCAAAAAUACUUCGAGGAUUCCGACAUCCCAUAAGAUCCUACAAAAAUACUUUGGAAAAGCAUCCUAUGAUAGUACAGUCAAUACAAACUGGUUGUUUGUAUGGUACCAGUGACUUAAUAGCCCAGGUGUUUUGUGAAUAUAAAAGUUUUGAAGAAAUUAAUUUGAAAAGAACUGUUGUGUUUGUUACUACUGGAACAUUUUUUACGGGUCCAAUCGUAUCGCUAUGGUACCGAUUCCUAGCCAAAAAAAUAGGCACAACGAGCACAUCAGUGAUAAUCAAGAAGGUCCUCAUCGAUCAGUUCCUAUUCGCACCAUGUUUCCAUAUGUUCCUGAUAACAACCAUCAACACGUUACACGGACACGGUACAACUAUAAUCAAAGAACAAAUCCGUCUUAAGUACGUCGAUAUCCUCACGACGAGUUUAAAAUUGUGGCCCGCUAUACAGCUGAUCAACUUUACGUUCGUACCAACGAAUUACCAGGUUUUGUUCGGGCAGAUUGUCGCCUUGUUUUGGAAUGUUUAUAUAUCCUGGAAGACGCAACAGGGGAUUCAAAUACAAGUGGCGAUGUAG